AUGUGUCUAUGGUUUGUAUUUAUGAUUAUUACACAAUCGGUUGGAGAAGAUAUGCAAUCAUUCCGAAUGUCUUCAAUGCGUGGUUGGAAAUUUCAUUGUACUGGUACACCUUGUUUACCAUUGGUAAGUAUCAUUACGUCGACUAUUAUGAAGUGUCAAAUGGCUUGUUUAGCUCAAGCUUAUUGUAGAGCAGCCAGUUUUCAGAAAUCAACUUCUAAUUGCGAAUUAUUUACUGAUAUGUCAAAUGAAAUUGCAAAUAUGCAGACUGAUACCGACAUUACUACUAUGAUUGUUAUUGCUGGAACACGAUCUCCACCUGAACCGACUACGACAACAUCAACAACAAGUACAACUACAAUGUCAACAACAACGUCAACAACAACAUCAACAACAAGCACAACUACAUCAACAACAUCGUCAUCAUCCUCAACAACAACAUCAACCACAACAUCAACAACAACGUCAACAACAACGUCAACAACAACUACAACAACAACAACAGCAUGUGCCCUGUCUUCUCAAUCGACAUGGUCACAAGCAGCGACUACUAUAUUUGGCAGUCAAGCAGGUACAUCUGGCUCCACCCUUUCACUUCUUUCUGGACCAAAUGGAAUGUAUUAUGACCAACCUAAUAAUCGAUUAAUCAUUGCUGAUAUGGGAAAUUAUCGUAUUCUACAAAUUUCUCUCAAUAAUUCACCUGCAGUUGCAACAGUAAUUGCUGGAAGUAACGGCCAGGGUUGCAACAUGAAUCAGUUUAAUGCUCCUGCUGGAGUAGGUCGUGAUAGUUCUGGUCAAUUGUAUGUAGCAGAUUACAAUUGCAACCAGGUCGUUAGAUUUCCACCAAAUUCGAAUUCGACGACAUCUGGAACACUUAUCGGUUCAGUAGCUACACCAGCAAUAAUAUCCAUAAAUGCAUUGACUAAUGAUGUUUAUGUAGUUAGCGUUGGUGGUAAUUCGGUAUACAAGUUUGUUGGGGGUAGUGGAUCACCAGUGGUUGCAGCAGGUGGCAAUGGUAAUGGAAAUGCCUUGAAUCAGCUUUCAAAUCCAAAUGGUAUUUACUAUGAUUAUUUAUAUACAAAUGCUUUGUACGUUACCGAUCAAUAUAAUUAUCGUAUAAUGAGAUUUCCAUCAGGUUCAACGAGUGCAACUUAUGGAACAGUUGUGGCUGGAGGUAAUGGAGUUGGAAGUGGAGCGAAUCAGUUGAACAGUCCAAGAUCUAUAGUGGUCGAUAGUAGUGGAACUCUCUAUAUAGGUGAUCAAGGUAACAAUCGUGUUACACGUUGGUUGCCAAAUGCGACGAGUGGUACUACAAUUGUUGGUGGUACAUCAGGAACAGCAUCGGAUCAACUUAAUGGGCCUGAAACAAUCCUCUUUGAUAGAUAUAGUAAUCUAUUGGUUGCUGAUAGAUCAAAUAAUCGAAUACAACUCUUUAAUUUAACAACAUGCUAG